CAUUGACAUGAUAAGCGUGUUAGACGUUUGAAUUACAAAUGUCUCAUGAAAUCUGUAUAUAAAUUUCGGAAAAUGUUUCCAAAAAAGAAAUGAAAUGAUCAUGGGAUACAUUGAAAUUUUCACAAUAAUAUUCGAAGCAAUUUCGCGAACUAUUUUCAAGUUUUGUGAUUGAAUUUGUGCAGUUUUGACCGAAUCGAGAUGGCAAUACUAAGUGGGUAAUUUCUGUAUGAUAAUCCAUCAUAUGGAGGGAUGUGUAUAUUCGUGUUUGAAUGUAUUGCUGUGGUGUAGCACACCACAGUGGGAUUUUGCUUUCCUACUUCGUUCAAUGCUUGAAUAGUGAUGUGAUAAAACGAAAAAAGUGAUAGCAUGAAAAUACUGCGUCACGUUAAAUGAGUUUGCAAAAAAGAGACAGGACGCAUAUCAUCAGCACAAAACUACGGUAUACAUGCUGUGUUAUUGUGCUUCUUCUUCAUUCUUCUCGUUGUUGUUUUUUUUUCUCUUUCGCUGUAUUAUUUUGUGUAUACAUUGUGAAGCGAGCACAUUAUUUUCUAUACACAAGCAAAAGGCAAGAUACUUUGUGCACAUUGAUUUGUUGGGGCCAUAGGACUGAGUGAGUGAGUGAGCUGAGUAAACUGAAUUGAGUUUUGGUUCGCCAUACGCAAUAAGCAUAGAAGAAACAUUGAGAGAAACGUAUCGUUUUGUUCAUUCUGUUCGUUUGGUACGUUGGUUCGCGUAGCAAGCGAAGAGACACACAGCAAAAGAAAGAGAGAAAGAGGGAGAAGAGCAAGAAAGAUAGAGCGAGAGGCCCAAGUGUGUUUUGACUCUGUAUUAGUUUGUGUGUACUGGAUGAAGUUUGUUUUUCAUUUGUAUGUGCAUCACAGUUACACAAAGAAAUACGAGCAAAAACUGAAUUUCAUCAAUAUAAAAUUAUAAAUGGCUGACAAACAACGUUUACAUCAAGUGUAGUGAUGAGAUUUUCAAAAUAAAAAAAAAACACACACAAUCUUUUCAUAUUCAGCGACGGGAAAAUUUUUGUUAAAACAAAGAUGGAUUCAACGUAUAUCAAUCCAAGCGAAAAAGAUAUGUCUGGUCAGCCAGUGGAUCGUCUAAAAUUAUUAUAUCCAAAUGUUGACGAAAAAUUGACGCCACUACCUCGAUCAUGGAGCUCACAAGAGAAGUGUAAUUCGAUUGGACUGACCCAAAAUAAUUUACGUGUUCAUUACAAAGGUGUUGGAAAAUCACACAAUGAUGCUGCUUCCGUACGUACACCAUAUCCGAUUCCGGCGGCCUGUGGUCUAUACUACUUCGAAGUGAAAAUCAUAUCGAAAGGUCGCGAUGGCUACAUGGGAAUCGGUUUAACCGCACAGAAUUUCAAAUCAAAUCGGCUGCCUGGCUGGGACAAACAAUCAUACGGCUAUCACGGCGAUGAUGGCAACUCAUUCUCAUCGUCUGGCAAUGGUAAAAGUUACGGACCCACUUUUACCACCGACGAUAUCAUCGGUUGUGGCGUUAAUUUAGUCACAAACACAUGUUUCUACACGAAGAAUGGUCACAAUCUUGGCAUCGCAUUCCAAGAUCUACCGUCGAAAUUGUAUCCAACGGUUGGACUACAGACACCCGGCGAAAUUGUUGACGCAAACUUCGGACAGCAGCCGUUUGUAUUUGAUAUCGAAGAUAUGCUCAAAGAAUUGAGAGAGUCAACAAAAGCUUCCAUAUUAAAGUUUCCACUGGCCGAUGAUCAAGGCGAUUGGACUAUAAUCUUAAAUAAAAUGGUUUCAUCCUAUUUAGUUCAUCACGGCUACAGUUCGACAGCUGAAUCGUUUGCAAAAGCAACCGAACAAAAUCUUAAUGAAGAAAUGACUUCAAUAAAAACCCGUCAAAAAAUCUUAAAACUUGUUAUGAGCGGUCGAAUGGGGCUUGCAAUCGAGCACACACUUCGUUCCUACCCCGGUUUAUUAGAAAACAAUCAAAAUCUACUGUUCAUGCUGAAGUGCAGACAAUUCGUCGAAAUGGUUAAUGGAUCUGAUUUCGAGAAUGGCACAUCUCGUUCAACAACAAGCAAUCCAGUCCAAACAUCGGUGAUUCAAUCAACGAAAUCCUAUCAAAAUGGAUCACAAACAAAUAACAAUAACGGUAUAAAUAAUAACGCAAACAAUAUAAAUAACAACAUCGGUCCCCUAAUCAGCGAGUCACCAACCACAAUGAACGACAAUCCCGAUAUAAAUAACAUUGAUAAUUUUUCGGCGGCAAAUAGUUUAGAGCACCUCUGCGAACCACUGAAAAACAAUUGCAAUCACGACGAUGUUCAAUUGAAUAACCAAAUCAACACAGCAAACAACAACGAUUUCAGCAAUGAUGUCGAAAUGGAAAAUGGUCAUAAUGUAACGAAUGGUAAUAGCCAUAAAAAUGGAACAGAUAGCAGCAGCAUCAACCAUUCAUCGAUAGACACAGACGAAGAUAUGGUAGACGUGGACCUGAUACCAAAUAGAAAGACGAGCAAAUCAGGUGUCGAACGAAUGCUCGAAUUCGGUCGUGAGCUAUUUCAGAUGAGUCAACGGCUGGAAAAAGAAAAUGGCGCAAAUGAAACAAACCGUAAAAUGUUAGAAGACGCAUUUAGUUUGUUAGCUUAUUCAAAUCCUUGGUCUAGUCCGAUGGGAUGGCAGUUGUGCCCUUCACGGCGUGAAAUUGUUUGUGCUGCAUUAAACUCUGCCAUAUUAGAAUCAAUGAACUACUCGUGGCGACCACCGUUGGAAGUAUGUGUAGCACAUGCCUGCGAAUUAUUGCACCUGAUGGCAAGCUCUUCAAUCGGUAGCUGUGCGUUUGCCAGCAUCGAUUCCAUUUUGGACUCAUCUCAAUGACCGUCGUUAUUCGCUGUUGUUGCUUAAAUUCGUGUUUUUGUAUUCAAAAUGAAAAAGAUAAAAUAAUGAUUUAACUUAAAAAAAGAAAAGAAAGAUGAUGAAUUAAAUGAUGCAUCAAAAAAUGUGAAAAAUAGAAGAAACAAGAAAAGCAUAUUAUUUUCUAGUAGAACAAAGUGAUCGACAGAUCGAAAUAAAGAAUGGAAAAAAGAGAAAAAUAUUUGGAAACGAUGCGAAUCAAGAUUUAAAUUUAUUGUAAUAUUGUAUCAUUACGGAUAAAGCAGAUUUUUUAAUUCUAUUUUUUUUUCUAAUUCGUUGAAUUUUCCAAGAAACACACGAAGAAAACGAGAGAGAGAACAAAACUCAGAACAUUUCGUAAAUAUGUGUUUGACAACAAGAAGAAAAACAAACUCUACCAGAAAUUUCUCUUCAUAUUAUUGAAAACAAAAAUGAAAAGUAUAUAGUUGUAUUGGUUUGCGUUGAACAGUAAAGAAAAAAAAUCUACGUUUACUUAGCGGAAACAAGAUGUGUUUAGUCUAGCCCAGAUUCUCAUUUCUCCUUCGCUUUGCAUGGUUAGUGUAGCUUACGAAAUAGGUUUCUUCUUUAAACGAUUUGAUUUUUGUUGAACCUCUCUCCCACAUGGAAAUCCACAAAUUGACGUCGACAACGACGAAGACAUAAAACCACCACAUCGAUGAGAAAACGUUUGGAUUUUUCUUCAAACAAUAUGUAACCGGAUCACGAAAAAAGAAACUCAAAUGUAGAAAUUGCUCAUUUUUAAAUGAACUCUGAUAACAGACAAAAUGCUUUUGAAAAGUAAAUUCUUGAUGUUUUUUGUUGUUUUUUUUUUUUUCUAUUUUCACAUCAAUAUAUCAAAACGCAGAAUAUGUUUUUGUUUAUUCAAAAAAAUGAAUUAUUCAAUUGAAACAAUAACAAUCUAAAAAAAAUGACAACGAAAACGUUUGAAGCAAAACAAUCCAUCUAUUUAAAGAAAGAGCAACAGAAACAAAUUAAAUAAAUGUCUUUCUCAUCUUUUCGUAAAAAUUAA